AUUUCUCUACUAUCCCCGCGCGCUCGAAUGCACAUCGCCCAAACAAACCCUCGCUUUCACCGCGCCGCAAUCCCACCUAACUCCCAACAGGCGCAAAUGGCGGCGGUCGGAACACUUCCCGGCGCCGCCGCAGUCGCUGGCGCUUCUGUGCGCCAACGCCAAUGCCGCGGCGCCGCCCCUUCUUUCGUAGCCGCCUACGUCCGCGAGGGCACCCGCCUCGUCUACGGGAGGCAGCUCCGUCCGGCUCCGGUCCUCGCCUGUCCAGCGAGGCGGCGGUUCCUCGGCGCUGCUGCUGCAGCAGCCUCCUCAGGUUCAGCUGGAGAUGCAGAGCCCCAGGGAUUUGCAGAGAGAUACCCAACCCUUGUCACAGGUUUCUUCUUCUUCUUGUGGUAUUUUCUGAAUGUAAUAUUUAACAUCCUCAACAAGAAGAUCUUCGACUACUUCCCCUAUCCAUAUUUUGUAUCAGUGAGCCAUCUUUUUAUUGGAGUACUAUACUGCCUCAUUGGCUGGAGCUUCGGUAUCCCAAAGCGCGCGCCAAUCAACUCAACACUUCUGAAGCAGCUUCUUCCAGUUGCGGUUUGCCAUGCCAUUGGCCAUGUAACAAGCACUGUGUCAUUUGCUGCUGUAGCUGUGUCAUUUGCCCACACUAUUAAAGCUCUCGAGCCAUUCUUCAAUGCGGCUGCUUCUCAGUUUAUCCUUGGACAACCAGUUCCAUUGACACUCUGGCUAUCUCUUGUUCCAGUCGUGGUUGGUGUCUCGGUAGCAUCCCUCACUGAACUCUCGUUCAAUUGGACUGGCUUCAUUAAUGCCAUGAUCUCAAAUAUUUCUUUCACCUACCGAAGCAUCUAUUCGAAGAAGGCUAUGACUGACAUGGAUAGUACCAACUUGUAUGCAUACAUAUCAAUAAUUGCUCUCUUUGUCUGCAUUCCCCCUGCACUUAUUAUUGAAGGACCUCAAUUAAUGCAGCAUGGAUUUAAAGAUGCAAUUGGCAAAGUUGGAUUAACAAAAUUGAUUUCUAACUUUUUUGUGGUGGGCUUAUUCUAUCACCUUUAUAACCAGGUUGCUACAAACACAUUGGAGCGGGUAGCCCCUCUAUCACACGCCAUCGGCAAUGUGUUGAAACGUGUAUUUGUCAUUGGCUUUUCCAUCAUCGUCUUUGGCAACAAGAUCACCACACAGACUGGAAUUGGCACUUCCAUUGCUAUUUCUGGUGUUGCUCUCUACUCAUUUAUAAAGGCUAAGAUUGAGGAGGAGAAAAAGCAAAUAAAGAGUGCAUAAGGUGUUGGACUGUUGGCUGAUGUGAAUGCGGUUGGUUUGUUGCUUUGAUGGACCUGUAUUCUCUCGGUGAAUGAACAGACUUGCAAGAUGGAUAAAAUCUUGCUAUCUCCUACUACAUUCUCAGUUUUGUAUUGAGGUGUGUGGUGGCUGGUGUUGGCUAAUUUGUUUAUUUGAAGCAAAUUUGAGCAAUGCUCAGAGACAUGGAAUUUUCAUUUAGUUUUCCUUUGCUCA